AUGCCUUCUUCAGUGCCUCACAGAAAAUCAGUCGAUUCUACUCCCGAUACUGAUCAAAUGUUCAUUAAUGAUGAUGAAACUGAGCAUCAUCGUGUGCAAGAUGACGAUAAUCAUGGUUCUUCACUGAUCGACACAGAAUUUUCUUCAUCACAAUCGUCCCAAAAACCAAUAAAAUCACAAGAAGAUAAUAAUCCUUACCUAGUGUAUAUGGGCGAAAGUAAUGCUACAAUGAAAGGGGUAACUGAUGAAGAAUAUCAUAAAGAUCAUGACGAUGACGGGUACAAAAAUAUG